AUGGCAGAAGCAACUAAAAAAAAGGGAACACUUACAUCCAUUAUUAAAGAUAAUAUCUCCAGUCCUAUUUUCGACGUUAAGAUCUUGCGCGAUUUUGAUAUCCGUACGAAACUGCAAGCGGAGCAUGCUUUAAAAGCAGCAUUUGCAAAUGCACGAAACUCCAAGAAAAUCAACAAUAUCGAAAAUUUGGUCGCUCAGUAUGAAAAGUUUGCCUACAGUUUUAUCAACUCGAGCACUGCUGCUGUAUACUUUGGGACAUUCAAUGCUGAACAAGAAAUUAUACAAGAGGAACAAGAGCGCGAUUCUUAUCAUUCGAGCGUCAAAAGACAAUAUUACCAACAGCAGAAGAAUGUCAUGAGCAAGAAACAGAAAACAGAGAUUAAUCAAGCGGAGGCCGUGGAAGAUCCAUUCGAUAGUUGUCCAGUUGUAUCAUGUUCUAAUCAGGUAUCUUCGAGAAGCUUCUCUAUUCUCAAGAAAGGGCAAGUAUAUGAAUUCAGCGUCCCAGCAGCAUACAUUUCGUCUCCCCAUAAACCAUAUGUUCAAGAAAACGACAAGCAAAAGCUGGAAAACCACUUUGAAAUUCUCUUAAAAUCAAGCCAGACAAAGGAUUGCUCAACAGCCACAAAGAAAGAAUUUCACCACUGCCAGCAAACUGCCAAAACCAAUGCUUGUCUACGCCGGACAGAACAUCAUUUCACUUGGAUCCAACAGUGCCUUGAUCUCCCAUAUGAAGCAUUUGACGAAAGCGUGAUAGAAAUUUCUCGUGCAUUCAAAGAAGACAAGCUUAUACAAUUCAUGAAAUUUACCUUGUUGGAUUUCUGGGCCAACACGUAUCGCCCUAUCCCUAUCCCCAGCAACAACGAAAGGACUAUUUUUGUUGAAGCAUUUGUUCCCAUUUUCAAAUACUUUGGCAACUUUACGAAAACACUAGCCUUUGUUUGGUGUGAGAAACAACUCAACGCAAAUGCUGUCUGGUACAUGAUGACUGAUUAUAAGAAAACCGGUCUGAACAAGAAGUUCGUGGAUGGUGUUGGUCUUACCUAUGACACCCUGAUCAGCUCAUUGAUUAUCGAAAGCUCUGGUUACAAUGAAAAAGAAAACGUUGAACACAUGCUGGGCGAUACCCUCAAGAACCUGAAAAACGCCACAGAUUGUUUGAAACACUUGAUUUCAGAAUACAAGGCUGCCUCAUAUACCACAUUCAAAAAGGUCAAAAUCUUCUCCGUGCAUAUCAUACAAGAUACAAUGACGCUGAUACAAUACUCUGUUAUGACCCCUCAAAAAUGGCAAGCCAUCGAGUGUCGCAGUGCUCUGGUUCCGCUCGUGUGGGAGAAUCGUGAUAACUUUGUCAAGGUAUUUGAGCUGUUUUCGUUUCUUUUAGAAAAGCUGAAGGAGCAAAACAAAGUACUGCAAUUGCUGAAAAGGGAGCAUUUGGGACUUGUUGAGGUUGCUACAGGUGUUUCUGUGGAGGAUGUUCUAAUGCAUCAUGUCGAAGAUUAG